UCCAGGUCCUCUGAUCAAAGCGCUGAACAAAGGCCAAGGUGUGGUUACGUGCUCUUCAUAUUACUCCCCCAGUUUCUGAUUAAAAUUGCAGUAGAUACAUAAAUAUAGUGUGGAAGAAUGGCUGGGGAUGUUGCUCAUCAAUUUCUCCAGAAUAAGGUCCUGGCAUCUCUUAGCGAGACAGAGUCUGAAUUAUCAGGUGUUGUUCUGAUUUCUGAUUUGUUAGCAAUCAAAGAUAUUGUAAUAGCUAUAGAUACUCGAAGACUUACGGGAGAUUACUACUGUCGCUUUAUCUCUGUGCUACUGGACCUCACCGACGCAUUGACCAAGUGCCGGGUCUUCUCACAUAAGUGGAAGAAGCAUAGUCAUCACAAGACUCAUUUAGUAGUCUUCAACCAUUUGGGUUUGAGGAAGAUUUGUUUCGUGCUGAAGAUGAAGAAGCGGCUGGCUGCAAUAAAACGCAUCUUCGAGGCUGAGUUUAGGGAAUCAUCAAGUCGUCCUGAUCCUGAAGAGAAUUUAAAGAGCAAACUACCUGUAUUGGAGACUGAAGUUGCGGGAUUUGAUGAGCAAUUACGGAAGAUUAGGGACUUUCUUUUAAAAUCAUCAAGUCGUCCUGAUCCUGAAGAGAAUUUAAAGGGCAAACUACCUGUAUUGGAGGCUGAAGUUGCUGGAUUUUCGGCAGUUGGGAUAGUGGGCAUGGCAGGCGCGGGUAAGACCACUCUGGUGAGCGAGGUUUUGAGUUCGUGGAUGGUGCUAGGUAAAUUUUCUCCUAUAAUUUGGUUAUGUUUGUCGAAUAUAAUCAAAGAAAAUAAACAAGUAGAAGAAGAAAUUGAGGUCAGCAUUGUGAAAUGUAUGCUUAGUAAUUUGGACCAUGAUGCCGUUGCCGACGGAGAUGGCAUCCUCCAGGAGGAGGAGGAGAAGACAAUAAGUAGUAAUAAUUCUGGUCAUCUCCUUGCGCUCUUGGAAAGGCUCAACCAACAUUUAUCAGGUAAAAGUUAUUUGAUUGUGUUGGACGAUGUGUGCCACAUGAACGGUUUCUACUCGGAUUUAGGACAACAAAUUCAGGUUCAGGAAGGUGAUAAGAAAGUUGAGGAUCGCUUAUCUCACGGAUUGCCUAAGGGUAGUGGUGGUGCGGUCAUCGUCACUAGUAGGAUAUCGGAAGUGGUUGAAGCUAUGGUGGUACCCGCGGAGGGGUCAGAUCAGCAUUAUAACAGCUUGAUUAUUCCUCUUGAGACUGGGGACAGAGAAAGGUGCUGGGAUAUAUUUAAAAACACUGUUUUUGGUUAUCUUCCUGAUUUAGAAUAUCAACAACAUUUGAAUACGGUUGAGAGUGAAAUUAUGGAUCUAUGUUAUGGUCUACCAUUUGUCGCUAGGACACUCGCAGAAAUCAUGUCCCAAAACCCCCAAAAUUUAAGGAGGACUUCUCCGCCCUACCGCAAAUCUGAGGACUUACCUGAUUCCUUCCAUAUAAAAAAAAUCCUCAGUGUUUGUGUUUAUUGAUAUGUACGAUAGACAAGAAGGAGAAGAACUCAUUGGGAAAUUUUGCGACCUCCUUACUGUUGUGAAUUAAUGACUAACUCACAGCCCUUUUAAGAUCUUGUUGUUG